CGCGUUAUUGCCACAUUCAACAAGGCUGCACUGCAGGAGAACCAUUUUUCUUUGUUUGUUAUUGUUGAUACUUUUAUAGAAACUUCGUACACCCUUAAAAUCAUGUCACUUAAGGAAGACGCUCUAAAAAUUGGUGGGGCAUUUUUAGCAGGUGGAAUUGCUUCAUAUUUAGUUUUCAAGAUUGUAGUUCCAAAGGUGACUCAUUAUGAUGGAAGCGACUGCAUUAACAAAUGUGUGGAAAAAGAUAAGGCGAAAUGUGUAAAUGUUUUUGACAUGGAGGACCUGCCAAAUGAAGUUGCCUUCUGUAGGUGCUGGAGGUCAAGCAAGUUUCCAUACUGUGAUGGAACACAUAACGGGCAUAACAAACUUACCGGAGAUAAUGUUGGUCCUGUGUGCAUCUCAAGAAAGUCAUAACAUGUUAUUACCAUACAAAGAAGAACCAUUUGCGAAUUUAUAUUUCGUUUUUAAUUUUUUUUCUUCAUAUUUAUAUACAUACAGAUCCAACAAGUAUCAUGCAUGUAAAUUUACUUUAAACUAUCAGAAUAUAUGCUCUCCAAUGCCUGUGGCAAAAUAAGUUUACUGAACUACCAGCAUCUUAUAUUUUUGUCAGGAAGAAGAAAUUUAUAAGCCUUAACUUAUAUACUUAUAUUUCUAAAUUCUGCAAAAUAAAUGUCACGCAAAA